GUGCCUCCCUCCCCCCCCUCUCUGCGUCCCUCCUGGGUGUCCGCGCAGACGUGCACGCGCACAGCGGGGAAAGCAGCAGUGGCUCUGGAGCUAAAUGCUACAUGCUAAAGGUUAGCUAGCAUAAGCGAGUUAAGAAGAAAAUGGCGAUCGUGCAGGACGAAUGCCUCCCCUCGUAGAUGCUGCAAACGCGUUCAAGAAAUUAUUUUUAGCCUUAGAGUCGGCUUUCCUUUUCAACUCUGUUGCACUUUAUUCUUCAAUGAGAUUCGAAAUUGGAAGCUUUUGCCGCCAAAGAAACUGAAGCAUCUUAACAGGGAACCCACCCACAGAAGGAAAAACUGUGGAUGGAAGAGAGUGAGAAACUGAGUGUGUGACAAGGACUAGUGCAUAAAAGGUCCUGAAUCCAAACGACGUCUCCAUUCCCAAAUACUCACAUUUCAGUAUUCAUCAAGUCCUCAGCGAUGCCAGGGGCGCCUGAUAAACCAACUUUCCACUCUGAACAACCCAGCUUCUUCACCCCAGACCCUUGAGGGUGUACCUGAUAAAGAAGUCCCUCCUUUCCCUCGUCAACCUGGGAACCAGAGGAAACCAGUUUGCCAGUCAAGCCGGGGAGGCUGUCAAGCCCAGCCAAGAGCUGCAGCCACGUGCUGCCCUCACAGGCAUGGCUCCCAUUCGGGAUUCCGUCAGCCAUUCCCCUAAUCAGACAGGCCUGGAACACCCUGACUUGGACUCACAGUAUGAGCCCUCUCCCUGGUCUUCUGGCUCUCCCUGUAGCGGUGACAGCAACAGCAACUGGGGAAAGGUCUUAGUGGACGGAAGCGCAGAUAAAGCCAACAACCCCUCCUCAACCAAUUCUUCUGUCUGGCCCCCUUCCUCUUCUUCUUUAUCUUGUUCAUCCUCCUCUUCCUCCUCCGGCUGUGGAUCAGGAUCAGACCCCGAGUUGGCUUCAGAAUGCAUGGAUGCAGAAUCUAGCCCGUCAACUCGCUCAGAGAAUAACUUUGCAGCAAUUGCUGUUCCACCAAGAAUGAUGUCUGCAAAUGCUUCCUCUGAGUCUUCUCCAACAUUCACUCCUUCCUCUGCUAUGAUGGUUGGCGUUUCACUGAAUAGAGACAGCAAUGGCAAUAGUCAUCAGGUUAAUGGUGGAGGAGUUGGAACAAUCUGUGGUGCAACAAAUGGAAAUAGCAACAUUACCGGACACCCUCAUUUUUCUGUGGCCGGGUCCGGCAGUAUUGGCAGCAAUAACAUGGGUAACCACAACAAGCUUGUUAAUAACAGCAGUGUUUGGGGCACCCAGUCUGGCAACACCAUGAUGACUUCCAGCGAAAGCACCACCUGCAUAAAUGGAGGAUCAAAUCCAAAUACCGUUCUCCCAAAUGCUAACCAUGGUGCCUGGCUACAAAAUUCAACCCCUAGCCCAAUGUCCCAGGGCCAACGGCCUCUACAGCCUCAGGGGAUGAAUUCAAAAUUGGGUUUAGCACCCCAACAGGGCCCCUUGCCAGGAUGGGGUGGCAUGGCAGCUCCAGACAAAACCAGUGUAAGUGAAGACACUGAGGUAAAUAAUGGUACAUCAAGCAGCAAUGUGUUAGGAAGCAGCAACAGUGGAAAUGGUGGCCUGCAGCCCGCCAACCUUAACACUGAAUCAAAAGGACCAAAUAACACUAUGACGAUGAAUACUACUACUUCUACUACUACUACUACUACUACUACUGCUACUACUAACACAACAAUGACCUCUAUUCCACCAAACUGUCUGGCCUUACCUCAACUGAGCGGGGAAUGCUCCUGGGGCUCAGUUGGAGGAGCAGGAAAUGGUGGUUUGCUGCCCAAUGGAAACCCUUCAUCUGCCCCCCAGCGCCUCCAUGGCGAGAUGGCGGGUCCCGGAACCUAUGGUACGCCUUGGGAUGCAUCUACCUACUCUGGAGAUAAGGGUCCCCCGAAUUUAGACACUGUGAACCCACAAAGCCCUGCCUUAAUGCAGGCUGGAAAUUCCCAAACGUCCUCUAUUGCUGCUUACAAGAGUAAUAAUAACCACCAUAACUCUGGGGGUUCACGCUGGGAUCAGGGGCCUGCCAGUAACCCAAAUCAGAGUCAAAGCAACAACCCCUGGGCUCAAAUCCCAGGGUCUACAGGACAAAUGCAAGGGAAUGUCAACCAAACUACAAUGACUUCUCCUUUAGGGGUACCUCGCCCUUGGGGAAGCAGUGCAUCAUCUUCCUCCUCCUCCUCUUCCACGUCUAACAAGAUGCCAAACGGAGAGUGGGGAACAACCCACGACAACAACCAUUCAGAUGCUGAAACUCACAAAGGAAGUGCUGCUAACAAUGGCUGGAAGAGUCUGGAGGAUGAUGCUAUAGGCAUGGGAGGUGGAGGGCCCGGUGGCGCAAGCCUAGCAGGUGUAUCAGGAGGCUGGGCCCGCACUGGAGGAAGUGAGGGAAGUGGCGCGAGCUCUGGAGGCCAAUCCAGCUCAGACCGGGAGAAUGUCCUGUCAAAAGGCGUGAACCGACGAAAAGCCAACAAUCAGACACCAUUCAUAUCUUUCCAGAGCCGAACUGAUGUGGACCCCAGGGUUCUAUCCAAUACUGGAUGGGGACAAACUCCCAUAAGACAGAACACUGCUUGGGAUGUGAGUUCCACGAACAAACAGCAACUCGCUCUUAAAGGAGAUGAAAGAAAACAACGCCCUGGCUGGGGAACAGCACCACCAACACAGGCAGCUCCUAACCAGGCUUCUGGAGGUUGGGGUGAUAGUCCAGAAACGGGAAUCUCUGGUUGGGGAGAGUCAAGAUCAACCUCUGGUUGGGAUAACAAAGGGCCAACCAGUGGAGGUGGCUGGGAUAAUGGAUCGAGUUACAAAGGAGGCAACAACACCAGCAAAGAUGACAGAUCCAAUACAUGGACUGUUACCAAACAGCAGCAAGGCUGGGGCUCCACCAGUGGCAAUGGAGAUGAAGGCUGGGGUAUUACUGGAGAUGGUUCCAGAGCAGCUGCUAACAACCACUGGGGAGAUCCCCACAAGGGUGCUGGGUCAGUGGGCUGGGAUAGCGAUAGCGACCGAUCAGGUUCUGGAUGCUGGAGUGAGCCGGGGCGAACCAAUACUAGCAGCAGUAAUACCUGGGGAGGAAGUGGCGGAUCAAAUACUCCAGACCAGAGUACUCCAAACCUAGGCUCCAACUGGGGUGACUCCAAACCUAACCUUCAAAACAAGAGCCAAGGUUGGGCAGACCCAGUGAAAAACAACCAGGGUGCCCAAAACUGGGCCGACUCCAAUUCUAAAACCUCCUAUCCUUCCGAGUGGGGAAAAGGCCCUGACUCCAACACGGCAAGAGCCAACAAUAAGCCUACAGGCUGGUUGGGAGGUCCCAUGCCCACAGUCAGUCAAAAGGAUGAAGUGGCAACUGGGUGGGAGGAGCCUUCUCCAGAAUCCAUUCGUCGACGGAUGGAGAUUGAUGAUGGAACCGCAGCGUGGGGAGACCCUGUGAAAUACCACGGUGGAGCUGUCAACAUGUGGAACAGAACUGGCCACUCAGACCAGGACCAUCCUGGCCAAUCUUCUCAACACCAAUCUCACACAUUGCAUGGCUCGACACAUCAUUCUCAGCCCAUGCAGCCUCGUGGACAAGACAAAGGUGCUGGUUCAGGUUGGGGUGAGCCUUAUUCCCAUCAGAAAGAGUCCUCAACAUGGGGUGAACCCACCUCUGCUCCGCCUGUGACUGUGGACAAUGGGACCUCUGCCUGGGGGAAGCCAGUGGACACUCGCUCUAGCUGGAAUGAACUCACCCGGGAUAAUAGAGAGCCUGCAUCUGGAUGGGGAGGUCGUCAUAAAUCCGGUCUUGGUUCUAAACCAAUGGAUACAUGGUGUGGUGAGGAGUCCAUGAGUAACAGUUGGGAUCAGGAAGAGGAAGUAGAGAUUGGCAUGUGGACUAACAACCAACAGGAUAACAGAUCACAUGACCAAAACACCUGGAACUACAAGCAUAAGGGGUCCUGCAAGGUGAAUAAAACAGUCAAAUCAGACGAGCCAUGGAUGAAACCCUUCAUGAACCAGUUCAACAACAUGGGCUUUUCUAGAGACUCUCCAGAUGAUUCCAUGAAAAGUGGAGCAGGUAUGGUGCAGGAGAAGCGCAUGGACACAAUGGAUUUCAGUAGUGUAAUGGGGAGGAAUCAUGGCUCUCAACACCAACUCCCCAAAGAGUCCCCUAUGGAUCGCAGCUCUUACUAUGACAAGAAUGUAAACACAAUGUUGGGUGGCAGUUUAGCACAGGGCCGCAGUGGACUGCAAUCUCAACUCCCUCAUUCCAGCUUCCAUAACCAAGUGCCUCCUCCCAUCAUGCCCUCUCAGGUCCCUCCAGCCCUGUUGAAAUACCCGGGUAGUAAUGGAGCCCUGAACCCUCUGUUAGGCCCUCAGCAGGUGGCUGUGCUUAAUCAGCUGUCCCAACUCAACCAGUUGAACCAGCUCCAGCGUCUUAUCUUCCUGCAGCAGCAGCAACAGAAGGCUCAAAACCAGAGAGUGAUGCCUGUGGGACGACCGCCUGAGCAGACGCGCCCUAUUGGUUCAUCUCCAUCAAUGAUGCAGCCACCACGUCACCUGGACCCUUCCCUGCUGAAGCAGUCCCCAGCCCUCAAACCAUACCUGGAUAGCUACUUGCCCCACAAUAGCCCUGAGAUGCAGAAGGAUGCUUCCAGUCUUGGGUCCUUUAGCAACUUCCCUUUAAGCUUGAACUCUAACCUGAAUGUAUCCUUGGACGUGGGUGUUGGUACCAAUGCUGGCGGAGCUUUAGGCUACAAAGAACCGCCCCAGUCCAGACUGAAGAAACUGUGGGUUGCUGACCCUCUGGAGCAGAACAGCAAAUCUGGUGCUAUUUCGUCAGGGCUGCAUCUAGAGGACUCUCCCUUUUAUGACUUCCUGUCCCCUGGCCCAUCUCCCCUGAGUCCUCCCGGCCAAUCAAUGGGCUCGGUGGGUGACGGCUGGCCGUCCCGUGCCAACUCCCCCCCUCUCCAUGGAAACACUGUCGCCUGGCCCCCAGAGUUCCGACCUGGCGAACCUUGGACAGGUUACCAGGACAUUGACCCUGAGACUGACCCUUAUGUGACCCCUGGUAGUGUCAUAAAUAACCUCUCCAUCAACACCGUCCGUGACACAGACCAUCUCAGGGACAGGAACAAUGGGUCAUCCUCAUCACUGAACACCACGAUGCCUUCUAAUAGUGCCUGGUCAUCCAUUCGUGCCUCCAGCCACAGCGGUUCCCUCACCAGUACAGCACAAAGCACUUCAGCCAGACCCAGUGAGUCAAAGUGGUCUCCCGGCAUUGGUUCUGUCUCUAACUCCUCUCUGGCCCAUGAGUUGUGGAAGGUCCCCCUGCCUCACAAGGCGCUGUCCGUGGCGGCCCCCUCCAGACCUCCACCUGGCCUCACUAGCCAAAAGCCCAGCUCAGCCUCCUCCGGCUGGGACGGCUCGGCCCUGAGGCUGUGUGGGUGGGGCUCCUCUGACUCCACAUACCCACCUGGUUCCAGUUGGGGAGACAGCAGCAGCUCAGGGAGAACCCAAUGGCUUGUUCUGAAAAACCUCACACCUCAGAUUGAUGGCUGUACACUGAGGACUUUGUGUAUGCAGCAUGGCCCUCUGAUCACAUUCCACCUCAACCUGCGACAUGGUAACGCUGUAGUGUGCUACAACUCCAAGGAUGAGGCUGCCAAGGCCCAGAAGAGCCUGCACAUGUGUCUUUUGGGGAACACGACUAUUGUGGCCAAGUUUGCCAACGAGGAGGAAAUCAACCGUUUCUUUGCACAAGGGCAGGCCUCCUCGGGGUGGCAGGCCAUUGGCUCGUCUCAGAGCAGGAUGGAUCAGUCCCACCCUUUCCCCAGCCGCGCCGCCGAGCCCAGCCAAUGGAACAGCGGCGAUCUCCACGGCUCCUCCCUGUGGGGCGGGGCCAACUAUUCCGGUAGCCUGUGGGGCAGCCCCAGCGGCGCAGAGGCAGGAAGGCUCAACAGCCCUUCUCCAAUCGGCUCCUUCCUCCCGGUGGAUCACCUGACGGGCGCCGCAGACUCCAUGUGAGGGAACGUCGGCAAGGGUCAGUGGAGAAUUGACAAUAAUUUAGUGGAAUGAAAGCAAAAUAAGUGGCACUACUCACUUAUGGCGAUGUUCAACAAAACGGGGUCCCCCCUGUGGAAAACAAGUUACGUUUAUCUCUCUCUGCACAUAUGUCCACUUUGUUUUAGCCCAAAAACAUAUCAGUCGGAAUACUUGAAUCCUGCAGGCCAAUUCUAUAAUGUGAACGGAUGGAUAUUUGCUUCCAGGUAGUGCUCUUUCACACCGAAAAAAGCUUCAAUCGAGCUCAUUGUUGUUUCAUUUGUCAUGUUUAUUUGAAUUCCAAUUUUUUUUUUUUUUUUGCUGACAAUGUUGGAGUAUGAGCUUUUUAAACUUUGCACUGAAUGUUUUUUUUUCUCAGUAUAUAUUUAAUCUGCAAUAUAGAGAGGGAGCAGCCAGUUUUUUCCAGUGUAGCUGUUUACUCAUUGAGGUCCUUACGUAUAUGCGUGGCGAUGUUGUGCCCGCCUGUGUGUGUGCGUGUGUGUGUGUUUGCGCGCGCUCCUCUUUUGCCUUGGCACGCCUACCUUACUGCGUUGUCGUAGAGUUCAAGAUCAACCGAUAAGUUCAAGCAGAUACGCUAACCCGGAAGGAUUAUCUGGGUGUGGUCUAUUAAAAAAAAAAAAGGCGAGAAAAAAAAGUAUUGCACCAAUGUUUGUUUGAAAACUAAAGAACGUGGUUGAGCUCUGCAGUGCAAAGGACUGUAGCCGCAGCUGGGACUAGCAAAGCCCAAGCUACCCUAAUGUAGGGGUCGGGGGGGCCUAUCGAGCAAGCCCGCCCUCGAGCCCCCGAGGGGGUGAGGGCGGGAGCAGCACUUUCAGAAUAGGCUUUUCAAUAUUUCGGAGGUGCCACACUGCAACCUCUUGUUUACAAGACUUAGGAGGCGGAACGUGUGUUCAUCCUUCAUUUUAAAGAGAAGAUGGAGUAAAAAUCGAAAAUGUUUAUUAAAAAAAAAAAAAUCAUAAAAAUGUGAAAAAAAAUCAAAAACAUUUAUAAAAGGUUUUAAAAAAAAUCGAGGAUGAAGACGAUGCUUUGUAACUCUGGGAAUUCGGAUCAGUGUUUUUGGCCAUGGUGUUGGUUAUUUUGAAUUAUUCCUCUUUGUCUGCUAAAUAACCAGCAAUGGUUCUCAGGAAAUCAAGCCAGUUUUCCCCCCUGAUAGUUGAUUUAAAGAAAGGAAAAAAAAAAAAUUACUACUCCUCCUCGUAGGAAAUGAAAAUCCAACUUUUAGCACUGAAAACAAUGUAUAAUAUGGUCUGUAAGUUUCUUUUCUCUGCCAAAUAACUGCUUUAAGCUGGAGAAACUCAACACACUGCUUUCAAUAUGCUGUCUUGAGGGUUGGGGGGGUCCGUGUGUGUGUGUGUGUGUGUGUGUGUGUGUGUGUGUGUGUGUGUGUAUAUAUGUGUGUGUGUGUCCACUCCACCCACGUUAAAAUCAACAACUGGGGGAGUGCAAAUGUUGUGCAAACCAAGAGAAAGGCGAAACUGUAUCUAUGCAUACUGUAGCUUCUCGGCCUACUGAGAGGUUUUUUUUUUGUUUUGUUUUUCCCUGUCUGACACGUUUUUAAAUGUUUCAUUUAGUACGACAAUGUUUUAAACUACAUAUUUAGAUCUCAUGGCCACAGUGUUUUUGGAAUGGGGGGGGGAGAAGCGACUUUUUUUUUCUUUUUUUUUAAACAGUGAAGCAAAAGUCGUCCACAUUUCAUUGCCUUGGUCCCAAUUGUGUCCGCACAUGCAACAACAAGUCAAGUGGCUUCUACCUGUUUACAAAUGGAAUAUGAUUGUAUUGUGCUCUGGAGGGGGUUGGGGGGGGGGGCAUCUCAACCUGACUAAUAGCGUGAUUGUGCGUCCAUGUUUAUAAGUGUUCUAUCUUAGCUGUCAUUAUUAGUUCUUAUGAUGCUCGACUUUUCCCCCCCCCCCCCGUUUUGGGGGGGGUGGUGGGGCUUUUUAAAAAUCAAAAGCUCCAGUGUACGACCAUUAGUGAAGCCAUGGACCUUAAACCCAUCUUUGUGUGUGCGCGCGCGUGUGGCCCUUCCGCCACUGUUUUUAUUUGGCAACUACGGCAAGUUCGCGUUUGUUUUUAAGCCGAGCAGUGACGAUUUAGCAAAUGAGUAUUAGCCACGAGUGAGUUUGUGUGUGUGCGCGCGCGACAAUAUUGAGCUGCUCUACCAAAUAAUUCAUUAAAAAAAAAAAUGCUUUACUUAAUUCCACCUCUAUUUGCUUAAAAGUUUUUGUUUUUUUUAAUUUGUUUUGUGGGUCUUGUUUGACACAUUUUAUCAAGAGGAACAUCGGAAACUUCUUUUUAUUUUUUUUGUGAUUAACUUAACUGACAUGUUGACGCGAGGAGCCUUGGAUUUUGCACUUGGUGGACUUUCAGGAGGCCGUGUGAGCGCAGAGCGAAGCCGUUUGGGAAGGAACGACUUUAGUCGGCGGCGGGCUGGGAACGGUGGCGCUGUAUUUUGUUGAAAAUGUGUGCGUUUGUGUGUAUGUGCACGCUGUUGUUUAGUGUGACAUUGUGAAUGGAAAAAAAUGCCAGUUUGCUGGUUCAGGUGGCGAAGCCGUAAAUUGUCUCCAGAGUGAAGUCUGCUGUUAGUUAUACGGGCAACGAGUGGGAUUCAACCACUUUUUGCUUACCAGUGAAAACCAUGCAUCUCAUUUUAUUUAUUUUUUUUGUCAUCCCAAAGAAGCAAAAUUGUUACAAAAAUCAUCUCAAGAGUAUCCCAGACCUAAGAUGGGUGGGAGGGGGAAAGGGAUUUUAAUUGUGGCCGCAAUAUAGAUAUACAGUAACGCUAAUGAGUGGCCACAAAUUAGGUCUAACCUGUGUAUGAAAUACUCAGUUGUGGCCAUUACGUAGGUGUCAUGUUACCUUAAUAUGAAUAUAAUUGUGCUCGAAAGUUUACAUACACGGGCAGAAUUUUUCUUUUUCGAAAAUGUGAUGCAUAAAUACCAUUUUUCACUCAUGGUUAGUGCUUGGAUGAAGUCAUUUAUCAUCAAACUGUUUACUAUUUUUAAAUCAUACUGACAAAAGUUACACAAAUGAUGCUGAUCAAACUUUUUUUGAAGUGUAUUACCCCUUUUUAAAAUCGAUGACAAUGAGAUCGGGAGACUGCGGUGGCUACUCAGGAAACCUUCGCUUUAUUCUGCUGUAGCCAAUGACAGGUCGGCUUGGCUUUGUGUUUUGGAUCAUUAUCGUGUUGGAAUCUCCAAGUGGGUCCCAUAAUGUGGUGCAUAUCAAAUCUGACCAGCUUUCCCAUGCUUUUAUAGCACCACACACCGCCAGAACAUCCACCUCCAUGUUUCACAGUAGGAACGGUGUACUUCUCAUCGUAGGCUUUGUCGACUCCUCUCCGAAUGUCGUGGUUCUGGCCAAAAAGUGCAAUUUUUGGUCUCAUCACUCCAAAUGACUUUGUUCCAGAAAAUGUUCCCCUUGACUCACUUCAACAUUUCUCAACACAAACCAAACAUUCGGGCCUCCAUGCUUUUCGUUGGACAGUGACGUUUCACGCUGGAGUACUGUAGCGGGUGUCUCGUUGUCAUGGUCAUGGGGACGACUAGAAACCAGAUGUAGAUUGGCCGGCUCUUUCUGGGAUGGACGGCUUGACCGCGCCCCGUCCGUGCCUGAUCCUGGAUCAGCUUGUUUGAGCUCCCCGUUUGGUGUUCUUUCUCAGCACUUAUCCGGUGUCAGUUUGUCAUCACAGCCAAGCAGGGUUUCCCCAAGUAUUUCAGUGCCUGACCCGGACUUUCUAAACUGGAUGAUCAAAGACGACCUUUCACCAGCACGAUCUCUCUCUCUCUCUCUCCGUGCCUCUGUCUCGCUCUCUCUCUCAUUCUCGCGCUCUCUCUGUCAUCUGUGAGCUUCUACCAGCUUCUUUUUCAUAUUCCUCCUUGUUGGCUUUCUUUGACACCUUUCUUAACAUUGAUUUAAAAAAAAAAAAAAAAAAGGGGGGG